AUGGUUAAAUUUAUUUCAACAAUAAAAGCAGUGAUCACACGGCUGCUAUUUGCAUCCCAUGGAUUUAUUGCUAUUUGGCAAGUUACUACCUUUAAAAAAAAUCCAUUUUAUUGGUACCUCAGUUCUCCUAUUGUUUUAUUGUUCUUCGAGGGAAUAUUUACUAUUGCUAUUAAAACUCAUCAGGAAUGGAAAUGGUUUUGUCCAUCAGUAUUUCUUUAUCUAGCAAGUGUUGUACCAGCAAUUUGGCUUUUGGAGCUGGAUAAAUUAGAGUCUAGAUUAAAAUCACGCACCACAAAUAUAAAUAUUUCAGAGACAAUAGAUAUAAGCAACUUAGCAGCUGAAGAUUUAAAAAAUUUAGAAAAAAUAUUUGGGUCAAUCGACUUUAAAUUACCUGAAAUUCAAAUAUCAACUGAAACAUGGGUAACUCUUAUAGAGCAAUUUUUGAUGCUCGUAUUAAUUGUUGGUCGUUGGAUGUUGCCCAAAGGCGAUUUAACCCGCGACCAAUUGAGCCAACUUUUACUUGUUUAUAUUGGAACAGCCGCAGAUAUAAUUGAAUUUUUCGAUUCAUUCAAAGAAGAUAAAAUUGGCCAGGAGUAUGUUCUUGUUUAUUUGACUCUGGGUAUUUGGUCAUGGUCAUUGAUGCAAUUCACUGUCGUACUCACGGCAACAAAAUCUCGUAAAUCAAGAUUGUCAUCGGGUACAACAAUCAAAAGAAAAGUUCCAACAAAAACAAGUUGUUGUAGUAUCGAUACUUGGGCCAUUACUCUCAAUAUUUUACUCCAAGAUGCGCCAUUUCUUGCUUUUCGUUUAAUUAUUAUAAUACAUUACCACAUUGUCAGUUACAUGAAUAUUUUUUUUACAUGUAAAAAUACUCUUGUAAUUUUAUUACAACUGUACAGACUUUGUGUUGUACAAAGUGAAAAUAGAAUUAAACGAAAACGCAAAAAAAUAAGACAGAGACAGAGAUAUGAAGUACCAAAUAUUAGUAUAAUAUCGCGUGAUGAUGCCUACAAAUAUGAAAAUUCAAAUUCAAAAAAACGACGAAGGAAUUAUGAUUAUGAUGAUUCAUCCGAAUCUGAUGAUUAUUCAAUACAAGAUAAUGAUAUUCAUGAAUUAUCAGCGAGAGAUUUAUCAACACGAAAUAAACGGAAUAUAAGACAAGAUACUGGAUAUUCUACUUCUAGCUCGCGUACUUCGCCAAAAAUAAAUAAAACCCAUAAGAAUGAUAAAAGACGUGUUUUAACGCGUCAUCGAGAGGUGAUUGAUAGCGAAGAAUUUAAUGACAUUGAUGACAAUGACGUUAAUAUUAAACGGAGUAAAAACAAGAGAUUAAAAAAAGAUGAUUAUAAAAUUACUGGGAAUGAUAAGGAAAGAGGUAAAAUGGGAAAAAAUAAAAAAAAAGUAACUAAUUUAACUUCAGUAGAAUGUGAGGAAAAAAAUAUCAGUAUCAGUAAAAGUAACAGUGAAACAGAUACUGAAUCAGACUAUAGGUAUCAACGCCGCAAACAUCGAAACAAAGAUUAA